CUAAACUAUUAGCUUUUUACCUCAUCACCGCUAUCUACUCGCCACUAAAACCCUUUGGGCUUGUUAUCUGCCAAUUACCGGUGCUCUUUCAGAUUCCGGGUCUAGUUUGGAUCUCUCCCGGUUUAUUUAUUGUGUUUGUAUUCGUUUGUCCCUACGUCAUUUCUUUCAGAUAUGGAGGGGUAGUGAUAGGCUCGCAAACCUCCCGAUUACCCCUAAACAUAUCGUUUGGCAUCGUUAGAGAUAUUUAUUAUUGAUAUCCCUCGAACUAGUCUUAGGCGCUACAGUACUAAGUUGCCUCAGUAUCUUCUUCCAUCGUUGUGAUCAUACCUAUUCGGAUCGCAUCAACUUGUCAUGGCUCGUAAGAAUAAGAAACGUCAGACUCAACUUACCUUUGAGUCUACUGGUGCUUCUAGCUCGCCGGGUCAAGCUACGCCUGCCAACGUACGAUUUUCUAAAAAUACAGGUGCGAGUAGUAGCCCAGGUCGCGCAUCCCCAGCCAUACAAGCAACUCGUUCUUCGGGCCGCUCUAAGAAAAGGCAGAGUAAACUACGAGGUACUGUUGGGUUAUCACAAAAUACGACAUCGCCGGCUAGGCCGCCCCCAGCAAGUUUCAUGCCAAAACUUCAUGACUCUAAGCGCCCCGUCGUGGGUGAUGAUUCCGACUCUGAGACUGAAGUGCCAGACCAAGAGGAAGGGGAUAACGUCCCUGUAAAGUCGUCGCAGUCUGUCUCAACCAGGCUUCAAAACACUGUCAUUGAUGAUGACGACGAUGACGAUGACGAUGAUGAACCAAUCGCUCCCCCCUCUACGCUAAAACGUCGACGUCCUCCUGUUAUCGCUUUAGAUGACUCGGAUGAAGAUGAGGAUGAGGACGACGAUGACCGUCCUAUUAUCCCGCCUAGCUCGCUGAAACGCCCGCGCCCGAGAUUCAUUGAACUUGAGGACUCGAGCAACUCGGAUGCUUCACCAGUGAAAAAGAGGAAGACAUCGGUCUCAACUCCUGGUCGACUUAAGAGACCAGCCUCUCUAGUUCCUUCUUCACCCACAAAACGAGGCGCACCGAAGGGCCAUCGUUCUGAAAAGCAGAAGAAGAUAGAACUUCUUCGCCGCCGAAGAGCUGGUGAGAAGAUUGAAAAGCUUACAUCUUCAGAAGACUCCGAUGAGGAGAAGCGUGGACUCUACGACACGGACCCGGAGGAAGAAUUCGUCGUCCUGAAGGAUUUCGAUGACGAGGAAUCAGAAGGUGAAGAGCAAGAAAAGGAGGAAAAGCCUGCUAAGCGAUUACGACGAAAGGAAAAGGAAGUUGUGGAGAUAAGCCAAGAGGAUAGCCAGGGAGAUGUCGAGGGUCAAGAAGAUGGAGACGACGACGAUAAGGACCUCGAAGAUUUUAUCUCCGAUGACGACGAUGCCCCUAUAGGAGCUCCUGCAAAUCUAGAUAUUCCCCUCGAAUUCACAGCUCAAGCGCAUAGACCACUCAAGGAUCAAUUCCCAUAUGUCAUCGAGUGGCUGGUCCAUAACCGUAUCAACCCUGCCUUCGAACGCAACGAUCCCGUCUACAACAACGCCUGGCGCAAACUAGACGACGAGAUCCGCGCCCUCGCAUCCUCCAAAUUUGCCUCCGCCGCUUGGAAGGCCGAGUUCUACCGUACUCUAAAAGGUAGGCCUAAAAUGGAAGCUUACGAGAUGGAUCGAUCCGAAAGAAGCGGUGGCCUGUACGAUUCAUGCGACGCCUGCGGCCGAAGCAACCACCCCGCCUCCUUCCGCAUUAUCUUCCAAGGACACCCGUACUACAAAAGCACCCUCGCAGACGUCGAAUCCGACACCGAGGAUAAUGACAGCAAUGAAGACGAAGACGACGACGACGACAACGAAAGCAACGCCGGUUCCAUCGACACGCAAGGCAUGACGCUACCUCCGGUAACCAGAGAAUGGCACGUAGGCGUCGUAUGCUGCAGUAACGCGGAAACGGCGCACAGUCUCAUCCACUGGAAACACGCCCUCAAGGAAUGGGUCGAGGAGCGGCUCGAAGACGACGGGUGGAUGGCUGCGCACAAGCUUAAGGAGCGCGAGCGCUUGAAAGCUAGGAAGCGCCGCGAUCUGGCGAAUGGGAUUGUUGACGGGUGGCGUGAGAAGGGUAUAGUGGCUGCGCUGUAUAAGGAUUUUAAGAGUACGCUUGAGAGCGCGCGGAAUAAGACUACGGGGGGGCGGGGGAGGGGACGGUUUCGGUAG